GUGGACUGCGUCUCUCCUGUAGGAGCGAGGUUCCUCUGACAGUGGACUGCGUCUCUCCUGUAGGAGCGAGGUUCCUCUGACAGUGGACUGCGUCUCUCCUGUAGGAGCGAGGUUCCUCUGACAGUGGACUGAGUGUCUCUGUGAGAGCGGCUCUCAGCCAGGGACGACUGCCCUUCUGGCCACAGCGCCCAUGAGGUAGCGGCGAGAAGUCCCAUACCACCCUCUCUCCGCCCUCCUCCCCCAUCUCCUUCUAUCCCUCUCCAGCGAUGGGUCAGAAGAUCUCGGGCAGCAUCAAGUCGGUUGACGCACGGGGCGAUCCCUCCUAUCGGCCUGUCCGCCGUGAGCUGCGGGGUCCAGACUUCUGCCGGCCUCCUCGUCUUGAUCUACUUUUGGACAUGCCCCCUGCAACCUCUGACCUGCAGCUCCACCAUGCCUGGAACCCAGAGGACCGCUCGCUCAACGUCUUUGUCAAGGAGGACGACAAGCUGACCUUCCACCGCCACCCGGUGGCCCAGAGCACCGACUGCAUCCGCGGCCAGGUGGGCUACACACGGGGGCUCCAUGUCUGGCGGAUCCACUGGCCGGCGAGACAACGAGGAACACACGCUGUCGUAGGGGUGGGCACGGCUGACGCUCUUCUACACUCUGUGGGUUACACAGCCCUGGUGGGUUCGGACUGUGAGUCGUGGGGCUGGGACUUGGGCCGGAACAGACUCUACCACGACAGUAAGAACCGGCCGGCCUCCACCUCGGCACCAACAUACCCGUGUUUCCUGGAGGCAGACGAGUCGUUUGUUCUGCCGGAUGCCCUGCUGGUGGUGCUGGACAUGGACGAGGGCACGCUUAGCUUCAUUGUGGACGGCCAGUACCUGGGCGUGGCCUUCAGAGGGUUAAAGGGCAGGAGGCUGUACCCUAUGGUCAGUGCCGUGUGGGGACACUGUGAGGUCUCCAUCCGCUACGUCAAUGGACUCGAUCCGGAGCCCCUCCCCCUGAUGGACCUGUGCAGGCGAGUGGCCAGGCUGGCUCUGGGGCGGGACCGAGUCAACCAGAUAGACACCCUCCCUCUGCCAGAGACCAUCAAGAACUACCUCCAGUACCAGUGAACCUACACACACCAGGACAACGAACUACUGCUUGACGACGGUUACAUUUCACUACAGUCAACCCCAAACAACUGAACCCUGAAACACUGGACAUCUACUGAGGAUGAUGGUCGGGAGGAAGCCUAUAAAGGAGUUACGAGUUUCCUUUUAGGAUGUGUCCAUUUUGAACUCUAUUGUUUCAGUUUGCUCACUGCUGACCCCCCCAGAUGGACAGAUGAGUGAUUGAUGUACAGACGGAGGUAGAUGGGCGUGAGACUGGACUCCAGCAGAAGUGUUGGGCUAUGAUGCUGGCUUCUCAUUGGGUCUAUGGGUUUAUAGCGUGUAAGCUUCUAGAAUAUAUUCCUGGAGGAACAGGGUGUUUUGGGGAUGAUGCACACAUAGUUACUGUACAUCUAUACAGACUCUCUGGAAGCCUCUCUGAACAUGUAGAUAUUUCGACUCUAUAGCAGGCUCUACUGAGGCUCACCAGCCCCUAGCCACAGGGACGCGAACAUCGUUCAACGCAUGCAUAUGCAAACACUCGCUCAUGCUCAGAGGGGCUGUUUUCACUGUGUGAGGUUUUAAUGUAUGUGUGGGUUGGUGCGUGUCGGUCUUGCUCCGCAACAGGCACCCUAAGACAUCAGUCUGAACCACUGAGUUUGGCAACACUGCAGCCUUGAUAUCUCUAGUCCCCUGCUGCACUGCACCUUCCUCACCUCAACAGGCAGUCUCCCUUUAUUUAUCAGUGGGUUUCAUUGGAUCCAUGCCUCUGUCUGGGUGAGUGACUGGGGGUGCAUCCACAGUGGCACCCUAUUCCCUACAUAGUGCACUACACUUGAUCAGAUGGCGUGCACUAUGUAGGGAAUAUGGUGGCAUUGUGGACAUACCUGGAAUGUUGUCAGUCAGUGUGAUGUGUUAAAGCUGAGGUUGGUCUGAGGGCCAAUCUGUUACUGUUUAUGUGCCAGCUCAGAGAAAGUACAUCUAUCACAGGAGACAAAGACCUGCUGCUUUUUUCCCUCUUUCUGUUCUUAUCCUGAUGGUGACUAUUCCUUUAAGUAUAUGUUCUGUUUUUAUGACUGGGGAUUUAGUUUGUUUCUGAUUUUUGUUUUCUAUGGUUUUGAGAUCUAUUUGCUGGACAGGAAGUGACCCGGGUGAGACAGGAAGUCUCGCUGAGAGAGACUGAUCGAGGAAUGUGCUGCCAUGAGAAUCUUUUAAAUGUGAAUAAAACACAAACAAACUGAACCAAACAGGCUGGUGUUUUCUGUCCAGUUGGACCUACUGUCACCUCAGUAUGCUGUCCAGUUGGACCUACUGGCACCUCAGUAUGCUGUCCAGUUGGACCUACUGUCACCUCAGUAUGCUGUCCAGUUGGACCUACUGGCACCUCAGUAUGCUGUCCAGUUGGACCUACUGGCACCUCAGUAUGCUGUCCAGUUGGACCUACUGUCACCUCAGUAUGCUGUCCAAUUGGACCUACUGUCACCUCAGUAUGCUGUCCAGCUGUCCCCCCCUCCUUUCCCCUGUAACUAUUCACCAGGUCAUUGCUGUAAAUGAGAAUGUGUUCUUGUCGACUUACAUUUUUUUCAGAACCCUUAUUUUACCAGGUAUCUCUGGCGAAGGCUUUAGUGCUGAAAUGCAGGUUAAGAAGCAAGGAUUUGAAGGAUGAAGCGCUUCAGGGCAUGAUUCUGGACACAGCAUCACAGAGGCUAAGACAAGGCAUUGGAAAUCAAAUAUCAGUUAAAUGAGAUCAUCCCUGCCCUUGGAAUUUAGUAAUUAAUUUACUCCCUUGCGGAAAGGUAGGAUCAAAUCAGGAUAAAAGCUGGUGCUCAGAAGUUUGAUCUGUCUAAAAGGGGCUUAUCCUUGAUACACCCCCUGUGUCUUGACAGUUUGUUGUGACAGCUUGAUUUGAGCUGUGCUACUAUGCUGAUUUACAAUUGAGCUCUAUAUCCUGUUGACUGGGGUAUAAUCUUACAACAGUGGCUAUUGGCUCCCUCCUUUCCCUUCUCUUCCCUCUCCCCCUACUCAACUAAUUUCUCCCCACUUCUCACCCUCUCCAACCAGCUUCCAUCAUCGUCCAUAUUAUUACUGUCUGCACUCUUCUGUCCUUUACCUCUUAUUCCUGUACUUUCCAUCAUCACGAAAGGUGUAAUCUCUCCCCUCACCUGUCUAUUCUACUGCCUUCACUCUCCAUGAUGCCAUCAACAUUCCUCCUUUCACUCUUCUCUGCUCCCUCGUCUUUACCUCAUUCCUUUCCCUCCCUCUCAUCCUGUAUUGAGUGACAUGGAGGGCGGUGGUGGGAGGAGAAUUGUAGCAGUUGAAGUGCUGUUGUCUCCCACAGAGGCUGCAUGGAGGGAAGAUGAAGAAAUGUAUCAUUCCUAAAAGAAAAUCCCCUCUUUAGGUUUUGCUCUUAUCUCCUUCAGAGCGUUAAGUAAAAUGUAUUGUUUGGUUCUGUGGUCGGUUUCUCUCACUCAGAUUAAAUGAAUGAGUGCUUGACUUCUCAAAGCUACUUUUCUCUUUAACCUAUUUGAAUUAUCUUUAAAAAGGGUACAUAGUCAGUCUUCUAGACGAGGCGCACACACUAAACAGAAAAUAGCCCUUUACUCACUUUCGGUAACUGUCAAUCAAAACCGUUUUAAGAAUGAGUCAUUGCAACCAGUGAAGGGGGCUGUGCAUGUGGUCAGUGCAGGCAUGGAACGGAACUGGCAGAACCACUAGCGUCCAAAUAAAGGUCAGCAUCCCUCAGCGCAUGGCCGUCAUGUCUCUUCUGUGUUGUGGUCACAUUCUAACAGACACACACUGACCUGUGAGUGGAGCUGGGGGCUAUUGUCAACUCAAGGAAACAACCGCAGCGACGUGGGAAAAUCAAAGUCCAAUGGCUUCCUGAGGUACUUUGUGAGGGUAUAGACUAGGGAAGGAAGACCAUGAGACGAAGGAGCAUUUUCCUUUUCAACAACUGCUACCACAUUGAAAAGAACAUUACAGGACAUUGUUGCUGUGACGUCAAUGAACUGUAUGAAGAAUGGAAAGGACAUUUCCGUGAAAAGAGCACCUCACUAUGGUUUGACGUCCAUGUUGUGGUAGAUGGUAUUGUGUGAUGUUAAUUCUACUGAAAGGACAGGGCAUGUCUGGAGCUGUAGGAUGGUUGUUUUCCUGUCCAGUGUCUGGUUGACGUGAAUAUCCUCCAUCUGACCCCUGCUGAACACUUGAACUGGACUGACCGCCAGCACCGACUCAUCCACACACACAUCUGUGUCUAGCAGACUCUUAUGUCUAAACACUUGGCCCCCAAUCCCCCCCGUCCUCAAAACACAUGUAAAUAUUGGACUAUAAAUUAUGCCUUCCUGUAUUAUGCUAAAAUGUUUUCUAUUCUGGGCUAUUUACUUAGUUUGUAUUCUUAUCUUUUAUUUCUCAUUGUUGCAUUAUCGAAGGAACAUGCAAGUAAGCAUUUAGUUGGAUGGUGUAUCCCGUACAUAAGACUAAUGCAACUUGGUAGAGCUGCUGGUAGCUGUAGUCAAUACUGCCAUCUGCUGGUUAUAAAAAAGUUUACCGGCAGAGGAAACGCAGUUCACUAAAGUGGGACAGACAUUUGAUAAAGGAAUCGUAUGGUAAUGUUCUGGUCACAACUAAAUCACACAAAUGCCAAAACGCUCCAACCACUUAUUUUUUAAUAGAUUUGUUUAACAAACUAGGGGUGAAGAGAAUGCAUAGUCAGCCACACAUCUAGGAGGCUCGUCAGAAACAUGAAAAAAUACAAAUUAGAGGAAAUAAAUGGAAAAGGAGCACACUGUUAGUAAUUAAUAGACUGGGUACAUACUUCUAAAGGACACACCCACCCCUACAGGGUCUCUCUCACACCUACAAAACAGAAGGGCAUGAUGAUAAUCAUAUGGAACGGAAAUAAUUCAGAAAAUCAAGGACAAAGUGAGAACAGACCCAUGUGAAGGAACUGUGUACCAAAUGUCUCUAGAUAUAAACACACAGCAAUACACCCAGAGUAGAAGUAUGUACGUGUAGAGCAGGGAUCAAUAAAAAUAUAUUAUACAGAGACUGUCCCAAUACGUUGGGCGUUGUCUUGUUUUGGCUCUGUAUUCCAGCACUUUGGAUUUGAAAUGAUGCAGUUACUGAGGUUAAAGUGCAGGCUGUCAGCUUUAAUUUGAGAGUAUUUUCAUGCAUAUCGGAUGAACAGUUAAAUUCUAAACACCACUUUUUGUACAUGGUCCCAUAAAAAAGGGGAACAAAGUAUUGGGACAAAUUCAUGUGUAUCCUAAA